AUGGCGAGCCUCUUCGCGAGCAUCGUUGGCCUGUGCCUCCUGGGCUGCGCUUCGGGCCAGGGCCUCUUCUCGGACUGCCCUUCGGCCAUGAACACCGGCUCGGUCGGCAGCUGCAAGAUCUUCGGGUGCUCCGCGAGCCGCGGGCCGACCCACUGCACGCUCGGCAGCUGCUACUGCAACGACGGCUACUGCAGGUACCCGGCCAGCACCACGCACGUGCAGUCGCGGUACUGCGUCGCCCGCGUGCCCGACGCCACGUGCCACCUCACCCGCGUCUGCUACAGCGCCGGCCUCACGACCUCGUUCUGCGAGAAGGGCCUGUGCAUGUGCAAGUGGGGCUACGCUGUCGAGACCGACGAGGACGGCAAGCACUCGUGCGUGCCGGCCACGGCCGAGCUCGCCGAGGCCGUGGCCCGCAACGCCACCGCGGAGGAGAUCGAGCUGCUGAUGGAGCACAAGGAGCACUCCGAGCGCAUGGCCGCCCAGAACGUCGCAGUCGCGGCCUCCUGGCUCUGCGGGGCGGCCGCGCUCGUCUGCGCUGCCGGUGCCUGGGCGCUGCGCCGCCGCGCGUCCAGGGUGGCGGCCCAGCCGGCCGGCUACCAGGUGCUCGUCGACUGA